UUUUCUAUUCACUCUUAUCCAAAGGUUGGUCCUUUCUGAUUGAUUUCAAAUUCUAAAUUAAGGGUUCUCAGGUAGUGUAGAAGCCCGAAGAAAAAAUGAUAAAGAGACGAUUUUACAAGCUUGAGCAUGGUGAUAAAGACAGUGGAUCUGAUUCGUCUUGUUUCUCGUCUGACUCUGAUCCUGAGACAGAGGAAUCAGAAGAAUCUGAGGAAGAAGACUCUGGUGCAGAAGUUUCCGAGGACGAAGAUGAUUCAGGAGAUGAUGAAUCCCCAGCUGCUGAAGAUGACGCUGAUGUUGAUGAAAAUGAUGAUGAUGCGAAUGAUGAUGAUGAUAACUCUGAUGGUGAUGACUAUGGAGGGAGAUUGGAGAAUAUGCCAAUGAAUCGUUAUCUAGAAGAACCACCGGAGGAGGUGGAAGAGAACUAUAUUCUAGGUUGUAUGAUAAAAUCCAAAUCGGUAUAUAAAUGCAGAUAUUGCCCAACCGUUGUUUGCUUGAAUGAGACCACAAUGCAAGCACAUGUUUCAUCAAAGAACCAUGCUCGUAUGGAGAAAUUAGUGAAUGAAGGAAAAAUCAGGAUGUAUGACGAUGAAGUCUCUCAGGAGAAGCAGACAAGAGGAAAGAAAAGAUCACAAAGACAGAGUAAGAGAUCACAAAAAGAGGAAAAGGUUUCAUCGAUCAAACAUGGAGACAACGAAGAUGUUGAUGAUCCAGAGAUGCCAUCAAAGGAGACGCUGAUAAAAGGAAACAGAAAAUCACGAAGAGAGCAUAAGAGAUCACAAAAACAGGAAAAGGAUUCAUCGAGCAAACCUGCAGAAAAGGAAGGGGUUGACUCUCCAGACGCCCCAUCUCAGCAGUUAAGAGAAAAUAGUAGAACCCGAAGACAGCGUAACAGACUAGAAAAACAGGGAAAGGGUUCAUCGACCAAACAUGGAGAAAACAAAAAAGUUGAAGAUCCAGAGACACCUUCAAAGCAGAUAAAAGGAAACAGUAGUCCUCGAAUACAGCAUAAGAGAUCAGGAAAACAGGAAAAGAGUUCAUUGGCAAAACAAGGAGAAAAUGAAGAUGCAUCACAAAAAUCAAGAAAGAAAAGGCGUCAAACCAAGGAUUGAAACUGGAUAUGUUAGGUCAGAAGAUUCAUCUUUUUACUUGGGAAUUGAUGGAUAUAUGAAGAAACAUAGGAAUGAGAGUGAGUGGUUUUGAGUUGAUUAUGUGCUUUCUUAACUUAAAGUUUUGUCUACAACAUAUGGAAUGAUGCUUGUAACUGAUAUAUUAUCUGGUUAUACAAUUACUCUGUGCUUUCUGCUUAGUUCAGUUUUGAUUUGUU